AUGGGGAUCGCAAAGACCUCGCUCUCCGUCCCCCUGGCCACCCUGGUCGCUCCGACUCUCAACAAACCCUCAAUUAACCUGUGGCGCCGUUUCAAGCAGACAGGGCAGUUGCAGGACCUUGAGGAAGCGAUAGAAUUGGAUCGCGAAGCGCUCGCUCUCCGACCCCCUGAUCAUUCAGAUCGCUCCGACUCCCUCAGCCACCUCGCACUACAGGAUCUGGAGGAAGCGGUAGAAUUGGAUCGCGAGGCGCUGUCUCUCCGGCCCCCUGGUCGUUCAGAUCAUUCCCGCUCCCUCAAUAAUCUCGCAGUUGACCUGUCUUCUCGUUACGAGCAGACAAGGCAGCUGCAGGAUCUGGGGGAAGCGAUAGAAUUGCAUCGUGAAGCGCUGUCUGUUCGACCCCCUGGUCAUUCUGGUUGGUCCACCUCCCUUAACAACCUCGGACUUGACUUGCGGUCUCGUUUCGUGCAGACAGGGCACCUCGAGGACGCAAUUGAAUAUCAUCGCGAAGUAGUUGGCAUGUCCCCUGUCGGAUCCUCACGAUAUAUGUCUUGUCUCGCUGGUCUUUCUCGAGCUUUGUUGGCUCGCUUUCAGGCAAUAUCCAGAGAGGAUGAUCUGAACGAGGCCUUCCAUCUGUUCACCACUGCGACUGAAAGCCGAUUCACUGGUGUGCAGCAGCUUUCAACUGCACAAUCCAAUCAGUUAGAGCAGCUCGCCACCUCACAAUCGCAUCUCGUGCCUGAUGCAUCAGAACGCACCCCACGAUUCACCACUGCAUGGGAUGAACAAUGGAAGCAACAGCGUAUCCUGUCGGAUGAAUGGAAUGAUAUUGUCGGACGCAUCCGUCAGAUCGACGGGUAUUCAGACUUUCUGCAGCCAGUGCCAUUUGGACGUUUGAAGCACGCCGCCGCGGAAGGACCUGUCAUCAUAGUCAACGUCUCCUCACACCAAUCGGACGCUCUAAUCCUUCGAGAUGCUACUUCGGAGCCUACCCUCGUUCCCCUCGCGGCCUCAUUGUAUGAGGGAGUUGACGAGCUUUCCGAACAGCUCGGCCAAGCUCGAGGACGCAGUGAGAAUACCCUCGCUGUGGUGAUGCACGAUAUUUUGUCCGCGUUGUGGAAACUCGUCGCUCAACCAGUGGUCGAUCAACUUCGAAUUCUCGGAGUUGCCGAGGGGUCCAGGAUCUGGUGGUGUCCAACUGGGAAGUUGUGUUCUCUCCCGCUGCACGCUGCUCAUCCACUAAUCACAGGCCAGCGCGGUCUUCCGGAUCUUUUCAUAUCUUCUUAUACUCCUACACUCUCUUCGCUCAUUUCCGCGAGGGAGAACCUACCUGCGACUCACUCUGGGUACCCCAAGCUCCUUACCGUCGGUCGGCCAGACGACUCUUUACGAUGGGUAGAUGUGGAGUUGGGAGGGAUAAAUGACCUCGGGGACUUUGUCGACACCGUUGUCGAGGACCAGGCAACUCCUCACGCAGUGCUCGAGAAUCUUCAAAGUCACCCAUGGGCUCACAUCGCUUGCCACGGUCAUCUUGACGAUGACCAACCGUUCAGGUCGUCAUUCAAGCUCUAUGGAGGCUCUCGCUUGACUGUGAUGGAUAUCUUGCAGUCCCGCCUUCCCAAUGCAGAAUUUGCAUUCCUGUCUGCCUGUCAUAGUGCUGCGGGCGACUAUGUGCAUACACCCGACGAAGUGUUGCACUUGGCAGCGGCGUUGCAGUUCUGUGGGUUCCGCAGUGUUGUUGGGACGCUGUGGGGAAUGGCGGAUGAUGAUGGGCCAGUUUUUUCUCGAGAAUUCUACAAGUACAUGUUUCGUCACGGUGAUCCAUCGAAGAUGGAUUUCAAGGAUUCAGCGAUGGCACUGAGAUCUGGGAUCAUUGCGUUGAGGAAGGCCAAAGUCCCACCUCAUCGAUGGGCUGCAUUUGUCCACAUCGGUGCAUGACGGACGACCGGUAUUGUAGUGUUCAUGCCCGAAGAUAGUCGAUUUGUGAAGUGUUUCGGAGUCAUAUCAUUCCCCGUAUAUCGCUUCUCGAGCUCUGCUUAAUCCCGUUGCUUUCCUCCGUUAGUUCAGUCAUUUUCGCAUCCAUAGCAUCCAUUUUGCGCUUUCUUUGCUUACUCGCACCGUUCCUCUACAUUGCUUUUCAGAUCUGACUGCUCUGCUUCUCAUUUACUGUUGCUCGCUCUGCUAACUGCUAUUUCGGCCGCGUCGACGUUUUC